ACGAGUAUAAAUCAAAUGCUUAGUUCUCUAUUUGGUUUUCGUCUGUGAAGGUUUCUUUAGUUUUUUAAAAAAUGCAACAAAUACCAAUUGAUAAAUUCCUAAUGGCAAUGAGCGUUUUAUUAACAUCACCUGAAAAUUAUCUACAAAUAAACUCACAAGAUGUAGAUAUAAAUCCAUUUAUGCGUACUGGCGUUGUUGAUGUAGUAGAGCAAACUUGCAAUAUACCGGAAAUGAGCAAUCUAAGCAGCGUCUUAAGCGCAGUGCUGGACAAUCAGUUGGCAAUAAAUCGUAGAAUAAAAAACAUUAUGGAUGAUCUAAAAACAAACGCAAAGUACUUUGGCGGUAACUACGCUCUCAGUUGUGACAAUCAACAAGUCGGAGAAGUCAUUAUAAAGCUGCCCAAUUUGCCAACUGCCUUCCCGGUGCGAUGCGUAAGCAAUGAAUACGGUGACAAUUGGUUAUUGAUCGCUCAGCGCGAUGUUGAGAGCAAAUUGCUGUACAAUACCACAACGCAAUCAAUUGAAAAUAGUGUUGGUGACCCACAAGGAGAGUAUUUUAUUGGUUUUGAAAAAUUACGUGCCAUAACUGAAAGUUAUCUGUGCGAGUUGCUGUUCGUUUUUCAGAAAAGUGGCGAGCAAAAUUUGUAUGAUCAUUUUGAAGCUGUUACAUUUGGUGCUGAUAAUAUGGUAAAAAUGCUGGGUCAACAUAAAACCAAUGGAUUUCGUAUAUUUGAACCCGUAUCAAGGCAUGCGAAUGCCGUGAAUUCGAUGUUGGCUUUGAAAUCGGCUUAUUUUACAGUAACAGUAUAUUUGAGAAGAACCACAUUAGAUGUGGUGCCACAACUGAAGAAAACAACAUAAGGCGAAAUGUGGUAAAGCCACAUAGAUAUAUAUGUACCUAAGUUUUGCUUCUUCAUAAAUAUAGUACUUUCAUAUUUACAUACUCUUAUUUGACGAUACUUACUGAUUUAAUUUAUUCAUACAAAUGUAUGCAUGUUACAUACAUGUAUAAUGUAU